GACAUCAACACGGGGUGGCAGCACCUGGAGCAGGCGGAGAAGGGCUACGAGGAGUGGCUCCUCACCGAGAUCCGGCGGCUGGAGCGCCUGGACCACCUGGCCGAGAAGUUCCGCCAGAAGGCCUCCAUCCACGAGGCCUGGACUGAAGGCAAGGAGUCCCUUCUGAAGCAGAAGGACUACGAGUCGGCCACCCUCUCGGACGUCAAAGCCCUCCUGAGGAAACAUGAGGCCUUCGAGAGCGAUUUGGCGGCCCACCAGGACCGGGUGGAGCAGAUCGCCGCCAUCGCCCAGGAGCUCAAUGAGCUGGAUUACUACGACUCGCCCAGCGUCAACGCCCGGUGCCAGAAGAUCUGCGACCAGUGGGACGUUCUUGGGUCCCUCACCCACAGCAGGAGAGAAGCUCUGGAGAAAACGGAGAAGCAGCUGGAGACCAUCGACGAGCUGCACCUGGAGUACGCCAAGAGGGCGGCCCCCUUCAACAACUGGAUGGAGAGCGCCAUGGAGGACCUGCAGGACAUGUUCAUCGUCCACACCAUCGAGGAGAUCGAGGGCCUCAUCGCCGCUCACGACCAGUUCAAGUCCACCCUCCCUGACGCCGACAAGGAGCGGGAGGCCAUCUUGGGCAUCCAACGGGAGGCCCAACGCAUCGCCGACGUCAACGGCAUCAAACUGGCGGGGAACAACCCCUACACCUCCGUCACCCCCAACAUCAUCAACUCCAAGUGGGAACGGGUCCAACAGCUGGUGCCCAAGAGGGACCACGCUCUCCUGGACGAGCAGAGCAAACAACAGUCCAACGAGCGGCUCCGGAGACAAUUCGCCGGCCAAGCCAACAUGGUGGGACCUUGGAUCCAGACCAAGAUGGAGGAGAUUGGACGUAUCUCCAUCGAGAUGAACGGGACCUUGGAGGACCAGUUGGACCAUCUCAAGCAGUACGAGCAGAGCAUCGUGGACUACAAACCCAACUUGGACCUUCUGGAGCAGCAGCACCAGCUCAUCCAGGAGGCCCUCAUCUUCGACAACAAACACACCAACUACACCAUGGAGGUGGGUCACCUUCGUCCAACCCCACCACGGGGUCCACCCAGGUCUCCUGGGGGGUCUUCCGGGCAUCGGGGUUGGGUGUUCUUCAUCCAUCCAGGCUCAAGGUUCUACCCUUGAGGUCCUCCAGGCAUCAGGAUGGGUGCUCUUCACCCAUCCAGGCUCAAGGUUCCAACCUUGAGGAGCUCCAAGCAUCAGGGUGGGUGCCCUUGGCCCACCCA